ACUUUAGAUAUAUAUAUAUAUAUAUAUAUAGAGAGAGAGAGAGAGAGAGAGUAUACAUAUAGAUAGAGACACAAGAACUAAGGAAACCAAACAUGUCAAGGUUUAGCAACACUGUAAUAGGUUUACUAAACCUAUUCACACUGCUAGCAUCCAUACCCAUAAUAGGUGGUGCCUUAUGGAUCACAAGAAGCAGCGCCACCUGCGAAAGCAUCCUCCAAACACCGCUUCUCAUCAUCGGAUUCAUAAUCUUGAUUGUAUCCUUGGUGGGGUUCAUAGGUGCAUGCUUCCAUUUGGCAUGGGCACUCUGGCUCUACCUGGUGGUCAUGUUGCUCCUCAUAGCAGCCUUGAUGGGCUUCACCAUAUUCGGCUUCAUCAUCACUGGAGCAGGCGGUGGAACCGCGGUUUCCGGCAGGUUGUACAACGAGUACCGGUUGGAGGAUUAUUCCCCUUGGCUCAGGAAUAAAGUUGAAGAUCCAAAGUAUUGGGUGACUGUUAGGAGUUGUAUUUUGGGGUCAAAGACUUGUAGGGAUAUUGUUAUGUGGUCUCCUGUUGACUAUUUGACUAAAGAUAUGUCCCCUAUUCAGUCAGGAUGUUGCAAACCACCGAGUGAAUGCAACUAUGAGAUGUCAAUGAUGGCUCAAAACAUAGAUUGCUACAAAUGGAGCAACGAUCCGAGCGUGUUAUGCUACGAGUGUGACUCGUGCAAAGCGGGUGUGUUGGAAAAUGUGAGGAGGGAUUGGCGAAAGCUCUCGGUUCUCAACGUUAUUAUGAUACUCCUUCUAAUAGGCAUAUAUUGCAUCGGGUGUUGUGCCUUUCGCAACACGAGGAGGGCCGAGACCGAUUACCCGUAUGGCGAAAACCGAAUGUCCAAAGUUGGACCAAGAUGGGACUUCUUUUGGUGGAGAUGGUGGCAUGAGAGAAGGCGCCGGCUUAAUUGAAAAGUAAAUUUAUGUUCAAAGUUGAUUAGAAAAUGUUUAGUGUUUCAAAUAUAAAUGGGGUGUUUAUUUCAUAUAAGUUGAGAACUACUUAAUUGAAAAGUAGAUUUAUGUUCGAAGUUGAUUAGAAAAUGUUUAGUGUUUCAAAUAUAAAUGGGGUGUUUAUUUCAUAUAAGUUGAGAACUAUGAUUAUUGUAUAAUAUACUCACAUUUUUUUUUUGCUUUUA